AUGGCGUUUGCUGGCAUCUCCCUCGUCACUGCUGAGGGCAAGCUGUGCACUUCCACCGUGUCGCCCAUCGACUCCCGCGCGGCCCACGGGUACUACCCUAAUGGCUAUGACUCCAAGUGCGCCGGGUUUAUAUCGGUUUCCCUUGGCCUUGAGGACGACGAUGAUGAGAAUAAACAUGGCGACGGUGAGCAGCCGCGGUCCGUGAAGGUCCAGUCAACCAUCUGUUUCAUCGACCAAUUUCAGUGGGAUCAGUCAGUAUACAUCCAUGAAAGAGAGAUAGAGGACUUCGGUCUCAAUCCAGUAAUCUCAGACAGAGAUUUCAUGAGAAGAUCUACGUUGGAAAGAUCUUCGCACCUCAAGGACGACAGCUUCAUCAUCCGUUACGACGUCAUUGUACUUGACGUCAAGGCGGACAUGAGCGCGGACGGCGGUGCUGGCACUAUGGCUUCCGCGGUAAUCCAGGUGCCAGCGUCCGACAUGCCGAUCCAUUUGAAGAAUCUCCUCCGGAGCAAGGAGGGUACUGACGUGACGUUUGAGGUUGGCGGCGUGAGGAUCGCUGCGCACCGGUGUGUGCUUGCAGCCCGGUCUACGGUCUUCAGAGCGCAGCUGUUCGGCGACAUUAUUCAGGGCUCUACGACCGUGAAGAUAGACGGCAUUGCAGCCAAAGUGUUUAGGAGCAUGCUUGAUUUCAUCUACACCGACACAGUGCCCAAUAUGUUGGAUUGGGACGACAUGGAAGAGGAGGCCGAAGAGGGAAAUGACGUGGAGGAGGGAGCUGAAGAGAAGGGAUACAUAUCGCCCAAAUAUAUAAUGUGGCUGCUUCAGUUGCUUGAAGCUGCUGAUAGAUAUGAUCUCCAUAGGCUCAAGUCGAUUUGCCAAGAGGAGCUGUCCCUCGGCAUACAACUGAGCUCUGUGGUGGGCAUUAUUGUUUUAGCCGAGCGAAGAGGUAGCCUCUGGUUGAAGGAGGAGUGCUUGAAGUUCAUCAAAACUCAUACAAGCUUGCACAAGGAAUUCACGGCUGAGGAAGUUGAGGAGAUGACCAGAACCUGCAGCCCCUCCGUUCUCAAGAAGCUCAUCUACAAGUUUGCUUCCUGA